CCCCCUUUUAAUUUACAGGAUUUUAAAUUUACUAGUGGCGUUACAAACUUUUGUGUUCUUACACAAUCUAUUUAAAGUUCCUUGUCUGUCUGUCUCCAUCCUUAAAACCAGGUCGAGGACUCCCUUUAUCACUCCGUUCCAAUCCAAAUCACUUCUCAUGUCAUCCUCAUAUGAUCUCUGAGAGCCUGUUGCCCUACCUUCAAUGCACAGACCCUCCAAGUGCAUGGGUUUGCUGGGUCUGUCAGCUGACAGAAAGGUUCGUUCCACUUCCCCAUACCCCAUGUUGUGCUGAAGCUGAUUCUUUAGCCUUUUUAGCACCUGAACGGCUUUCCUGACACAUGGUUCGGUCUUGCCAAGAUUGAUGCAACUUCGCUGGGCAGGGGAUAAGAAGUCAAAAUCAGCGCACAUGCCUUUUGCGCGCCGUCGCCCUAGGCCGGCUGCAGACGUGUUAGCGAGAUGGUGGGGAGACUAGACAGCACAGAGACCAGAGCAGCAGGAGGAUCGCCUUCUGCUACUUUGCGCAUGCGUGUUUGUAAGGAAAAGGCGGGAAAACACGCACACACUUACUAGCGAUUUGCUGACUGACUCUCAGACCACAUCUUCACAGCAUGGAACCUACUACGAAGAAACCACUGGCGGCCUCAAAUAUUCCCAGGCCUUCUCUUUUGCCAGCGAGAUCUGGAGUUGGCAAAAAGCGAACCGCUCACGUGGCACAGCUCGAGGAAGAACAUGUUCUUCCUCCAUCUAAACGAGCUGCAAGGGGAGAGAAGACUGUUACCGCCAAAGUACCUGCUGGCAAGUCUAAAACAGUGGCUGUGAAACACCCUCCACCAACUAGAAAUGUUGUUUCCACAAGAAAACAAUCAUCAACAGUUGCUGCAUCGGGGUCAAAAGCUAAAACACAGACUCUAAAGGGGAAUGAGAAGAGACCUAUGGCUGGAAAAUCAUCAAUAAACAGCAAGAAGUUGCAAAGUUGUGAGGGAAGGAUGGACGUAGAAGUUCUUGAUAAACUUGAGAAACUGUCUUCUAGAAUGAGCAAGUUAGAGGCUGAGAAGGCAGAGAGCAAACAUACAGAUGACAUGCACCAAGAAGGAGAGAAAUUUCAUAAUAUACUGGAGCAGCUUUCGGAGACCAGAAGGCUCCUAACUGAGAGUGAGCAUAACCUUGAACUAGCGAAGAUGUCAAAGGCCUCGUUGCAGAGAGCUUAUAAUGAUGCUGAAACUAAUCUGACAGGAGCAUGUCAAGAAAUCAGUACCCUGAAAUUGAAUGUGUCUCAAAUGGUGACUAAUGCAACUGUUGCACACUCCCAGUUGGAGGCUAUGAAGCUGUCUAGAGACAAAGAAUUGCAGGAAAGCCAGUGUAAAAGUGAAAGAAUUGCUGAUCUGGAAAAGGAGAUAGAGAAGCUCCGAAGCUCUCUGUUGCAGUGCCAUAAAGAGAUCAGGGAGAAUGAGAGUACCAGACGUAAACUCCAUAACACAAUACAAGAACUCAAGGGUAAUAUUCGGGUAUUUUGUCGUAUGCGUCCUUUGCUGCAUUGUGAGCUCAAUAACAGUGCACUUGAUGGCAGUACGGCAAGUACAGACACAACCUCAAUUUGUUGCACCAGUGUUGGGUCACAGCCUGUCAUAAAAGGAGACAGGGGGAGUUUCCUCAUAGAAUUUCCUGACAAAGAAAAAGAAUGCAGAAAAAUCUCCAUCCAUUUCUCUCCUCACAAAGUAGAUGGCCAUACCAGUAAGAGAAGCACACGUACCCAACAGUAUGAGUUUGAAUUUGAUCGUGUGUUUGGUCCGGAUUGCAGUCAGGAAGCUGUAUUCAGUGAGAUAUCGCAGUUGGUUCAGAGCGCCUUGGAUGGUUACAAUGUGUGCAUAUUUGCUUAUGGACAAGUAAGUUUCAUGUAUCGUGAGUUAGCUACUAAGCAUUUUUGGUGAGCGGGAGUGGCACAACUGCAGCUAUACAACAAUUGGUGAGCAUGCACAUGGAGGAUUAUAGUUUGUCGCAUAUGUAGCUGUCCUCCGCUGCUGGAGGUGUGCCUCUCCUGCGUGCAAGGCCGUAUGCUGUCCUCAACUAGACGCUGCCUCCCGCGAGUUCUGUCUUGUGCUGCUUAGCUUUUCUGAAGCGAGGGGCUCCCUAGUGCAAGCUCUGAUGUGGAGAUGUGCUGGGAUCCGUCACGAUACGGGGUCAGGAAAGACAUACACAAUGGAAGGACCUGUUAAUGCAGAUGAGCACACUCAAGGCAUGAUCCCUAGGGCCCUGCAGCAGGUUUUCACCUCCUCACGGGACCUCAAUGAGAAAGGAUGGGUUUACAAAAUGGAAGCCUCUUUCAUUGAAAUAUACAAUGAAACACUACAUGACCUGCUCUGCUGCUGGGAAAAGGGACCUGAAACAUGAAAUUAGAAUCGAUCCAAAGAAUGAGGGUGAAGUGUAUGUCACAAACAUCACUCCUGUUCUUAUUACAUCUGAACAGCAGGUUUCCUGUCUUUUAGACACUGCAGCCAAGCGUAGAGCAGUGGCUGCAACAGAGUCUAAUGAACGUUCCUCUCGUAGCCACUGUGUAUUUCGACUCACUCUGUCAGGCACUAAUAGCAAAACCCUGGAGACUUGUCAUGGUACAUUGAACCUGGUUGACCUCGCUGGUUCUGAAAGACUGGUAAGUAACGGAAGUGCAAGUGAGAGGCUCAAAGAGACGCAGAGUAUCAACAAGAGUCUGAGCAAUUUAGGAAAUGUUAUUAUGGCUCUUGCCAAUCAGGAGCAGCAUAUUCCAUACCGUAACUCUAAACUAACGUAUCUGCUACAAAACUCUUUGGGUGGGAACAGCAAGACACUCAUGUUUGUCAAUAUCUCCCCGCAGCCUUCGGCAGUGCAGGAAACACUCAGUUCAUUGAGGUUUGCUUCAAAAGUUAACCAAUGUCACAUUGGAACUGCCAAGACAACAACAAAGCAAUGAUAUUUCUUGUAGCCCUGCACUGGUGUUUUUGUUAUUUUUAUGCAGUAUACACUGUUUAAAACUCUUUCAGUCACGAAUUCGGCUUAUGAGCCCAACAACUCUCCUGCAUGCAUGUGGCAUUCUGCCCAAAUCUACACACCCUCUUUCAUCCCGCGCACGCGUGCUGUGG